AUGUCGAUUAUGUUUGUUUCCAUAAUCACGGGACUGGUUGUAGUUAUUAGUGCUUUGUUGAACUACCUUUUCUCAUUGCUUCAAAUACUUUUCAAAAAACCAUUACCACCAAAAAGUGCUGUUGAAAUAGAUUCUAAGGAACACAUAUAUGUACAUCCGGACUUUGCUAAUGGAACACAAGAUCUUUCUUCACUUGAUGCAAAAACACUUUAUGAAGUUAUAUUACAUGGUAUUCAAUUAGGUGGUAAUCGACCACACUUCUCAUAUAGACAAUCAUCUGAUCAAACAUUUAAAUCCUAUUCUCAUAAACAAGUAUUUGAAAUCAUCAAAGAAAUUGGUAGUGGUAUAGUGAAUAGUGGUCUUCAACCAUCAUCUGAAACAAUUUAUGGUAUUUAUUCCUCAGCAUCAAUCAAUUAUGCAUUAUGUCUUUAUUCGGCUUGGCCAUAUUCAAUGGUACCAAUAGGUAUUUAUGAUUCACUUGGUCGAGAUGGUGUCAGAUUUAUCAUACGUCAAAGUGCUGUUGAAUUAAUUUUUGCUGAUAAUUUACAACGUGUUAAAAAUUUAAUUGAAUGGAAAGAUGAAACAUUAGCAUUGAAAACAAUUGUUUGUUUUAUUGAACCAACAGAUGAGUUAAUGAAAUUAGCUGAAGAAAAACACUUAAAUCUUCUUACACUUGACAAAUUAAGAGAAAUUGGUCGAAAUAAUCCAGUUGAAUUAGUACCACCAAAACCGAGUGAUACAGCAGUAAUUAUGUAUACAAGUGGAAGUACAGGAGAACCAAAAGGUUGUAUUCUGGCACAUGAAAGUUUUGUCUAUGCAGUACUUAGUAUGCUAGUUUCUGUUAAUUUAACUAUGACAACGUCAGAAACUCAAGACAUUCCUCGAAUAUUAAAUUAUUUGCCCUUGGCACAUGUCUUUGGUUCUGGAACGGUCAUUGCUAUGACUUAUUUAGGUGGAGAAAUUGGUUUUUGGCAAGGCAAAGUUGAGAAAUUGGUCGAUGAUUUUCAUGAUUUUCGACCAACAACUCUUGCAAUGGUACCUCGUUUACUUAAUAGAUUGUAUGAUAAAGUUCGAUUGGACUUACGUAAAAAAGGUAUACUUGGUCGCAUUUUAUUUCAAUUGUCUGUUCAAGGUAAAUUAGCACUUAUUCGACGUGGAAGUUUUGCACAAAAUACAAUAUGGGAUAAAAUUAUUUUUGAAAAAAUUCGUCAAUCAUUUGGUGGUAAAAUAAAUCGUGUUCUUGUAACAGGUGCACCACUUUCACCUGAAGUUUGUCGAUUUUCACGUGCUGCAUUUUCAUGUCCAUUCAUUGAAUGUUGCGGUCAAACAGAAUGUGUAAUUAUAUUUUCACAAACAAUCAAUGAUACUGAAUCAGGUGAAAUUGGUAUUCCAAUAUUAAGGAGUUAUGUUAAAUUAGUUGAUGUACCUGAAAAAGAGUGUUAUGCUAAAGAUGGUAUUGGAGAAAUAUGUUUUCGAAGUCCAACUUUAUUUAAAGGAUAUUUGAAAGACGAAGCUAAAACACGUGAAGCAAUUGAUGAAGAAGGAUGGUUACAUACAGGUGAUAUUGGUCAAUGGACACCAUAUAAGACAAUGAAAAUAGUUGAUCGAAAGAAAAAUAUGUAUAAGCUAAGUCAAGGUGAAUAUGUAGCACCAGAAAAAAUUGAAGAUGUUUAUGCACGCAGUCGAUUUAUUUCUCAAAUAUUUGUUUAUGGUGAUUCAUUUGAAAAUUAUCUUGUUGCUAUUGUUAUACUGAAUGAUGAUUAUGUAAAACAAUGGGCAAAAAAUGAAGGAUAUAAUGUUGAAACAAUACUGUCAUCUGAAUUAAAUGCUAAAUUAAAACAAAUUGUACUUGAUGACAUGAUUCGUGAAGGUAAAAAACGUGGUUUAAUGUCAUAUGAACAAGUGAAAGCCAUUGAAUUCAUCAAAGAAUCAUUUACAAUUGAAAAUGGACUUUUAACACCAACAUUUAAAUCACGUCGAUAUGCAAUCGAAAAAAAAUAUAAAGAACUUUUUCAAAAGAUUUAUAAAGCUAUCCAUGCUUAG